CAGACAAUGCUCCAGUAGAUCCUAAUGAUGUCUCUUUCUGGUCAAGAAAUGUUUAUCCUCAAGAACAAGAGAGCCAUGGCUAGUCUCCGAGGGAACGCUGUGACCUGCCUCCUCUGGAUGCUGCUGCUAUGGAGUGGGGAUGGCGGCUGCCAGGCCCAGCGUGCAGGUUGCAAAAGCGUCCACUACGACCUCGUCUUCCUCUUGGACACCUCCUCCAGCGUGGGCAAGGAGGACUUUGAGAAGGUCCGGCAAUGGGUGGCCAACCUGGUGGACACCUUCGAGGUGGGCCCCGACCACACCCGUGUGGGGGUCGUGCGCUACAGCGACCGGCCCACCACGGCCUUCGAGCUGGGCCGUUUUGGCUCGCAGGAGGAGGUCAAGGCGGCUGCCCGGCGCAUCACCUACCAUGGCGGCAACACCAACACUGGCGAUGCGCUGCGCUACAUCACCGCCCGCAGCUUCUCCCUGCGCGCCGGUGGCCGCCCUGGGGACCGCUCCUUCAAGCAGGUGGCCAUCCUCCUGACGGACGGCCGCAGUCAGGACCUGGUGCUGGACGCCGCAGCGGCCGCGCACCGCGCGGGCAUCCGCAUUUUCGCCGUGGGCGUGGGCGAGGCACUCAAGGAGGAACUGGACGAGAUCGCCUCAGAGCCCAAGUCCGCCCACGUCUUCCAUGUGUCCGACUUCGAUGCCAUCGACAAGAUCCGUGGAAAGCUGAGACGCCGCCUGUGUGAGAAUGUGCUGUGUCCUAGUGUCCGUGUAGAAGGAGAUCGCUUUAAGCACACCAAUGGAGAAACCAAGGAAAUCACAGGUAAGAGAGAAGCAGUGACUACACGACCAAACAUCAUUUCUCACUAUAUCAUGAAUGUCAUUAAACAGCCACGAACACUCUCUGAGUCCAACCAUGCACUAGGCAUUGUUUCAGACUCUAAUAUCAUCUCAUCCAUGACUCAUGGUGCUACAUUUGAUGAAAGUGAUUUUACAGAAGAAGAAAUGAGGGAUGUAUUCCCCCAAGGUUUGCCUGAUGAGUAUGCUUUUGUCACCACCUUCCGGUUCAGAAAAGUGUCUCGGAAGGAAGACUGGUAUAUCUGGCAGGUCAUCGACCAGUACGGAAUCCCACAGGUCUCUAUCAGACUGGAUGGUGAGAACAAGGCGGUCGAGUACAAUGCGGUGGGUGCCAUGAAGGAUGCUGUCAGGGUGGUCUUCCGAGGCUCCCGGGUUGACGACCUCUUUGACCGAGACUGGCACAAGAUUGCCCUGAGCAUCCAGGCUCAGAAUGUCUCCCUGUACAUCGACUGUGCACUGGUGCAGACACUACCCAUCGAGGAGAGGGAGAACAUCGACAUCCAGGGCAAGACUGUGAUUGGCAAGCGCCUCUAUGACAGUGUGCCCAUUGACUUCGACCUACAGCGAAUUGUGAUCUACUGUGACUCAAGGCAUGCAGAACUGGAGACUUGUUGUGACAUCCCCUCUGGUCCGUGCCAGGUGACCGUGGUGACAGAGCCUCCGCCUCCACCCCCACCCCAGCAGCUGCCCACCCCAGGCAGUGAACAGAUUGGGUUUUUGAAGACCAUCAACUGCUCCUGCCCAGCUGGAGAGAAGGGUGAAAAGGGAUAUGCUGGCCCCAUGGGACUCCCAGGUCCAAAGGGAGACACAGGAGCCACUGGGCCCAUUGGCGCUCCUGGACCCAAGGGAGAGAAAGGUGACAUGGACAGAGGAUCUUUUGCCCGAGGAGAAAAAGGUGAAAAGGGUGCCCUGGGUGUGCCCGGUCCACCUGGGAGAGAUGGCAGCAAAGGCAUGAGGGGGGAGCCAGGAGAGCUGGGAGAGCCGGGGCUGCCUGGUGAGGUGGGCAUGCGGGGCCCCCAAGGACCGCCUGGACUUCCUGGACCUCCUGGGCAUGUCGGAGUUCCUGGUCUCCAAGGAGAACGAGGAGAAAAGGGAACGCGAGGAGAAAAGGGGGAGCGAGGCCUGGAUGGAUUCCCUGGGAAGCCUGGGGAGACAGGAGCGCAGGGAAGACCCGGCCCUCCUGGUGUAGCGGGGUCCCAGGGAGAGAAGGGUGACGUGGGACCUGCAGGACCUCCUGGGAUACCAGGCUCUGUGGUGCAGAGAGAGGGCCUGAAGGGAGAGCAGGGGGCACCAGGACCGAGAGGUUACCAGGGUCCACCUGGGCUGCCAGGAGCCCCGGGUCUAAUAGGCCCCGAAGGCAAGAGUGGACCUCCUGGUUUGCAAGGUGUCCGAGGGAAGAAAGGUGAUGCAGGACCACCUGGAAUCUCUGGAUUGCUGGGACCGCAGGGCCCUCCAGGACCACCCGGUAUCCCAGGACCCCCUGGACCAGGAGGUCCCCCGGGUUUACCUGGAGAGAUCGGCUUCCCGGGAAAGCCUGGGCUUCCUGGGCCCAUGGGACCACCUGGAAAAGAUGGGCCAAAUGGACUGCCAGGUCUGCCAGGAUCCAAGGGAGAACCAGGAGAAAGAGGGGAAGACGGUCUGCCUGGAAAACCUGGCCUUCGGGGUGACGUUGGGGAGCAGGGCUUGGCAGGCCAGCCUGGAGAGAAGGGAGAAGCAGGCCUCCCAGGCACUCCAGGCUUCCCGGGUAUAAGGGGAGAGAAAGGAGACAAGGGAGAAAAAGGUGAACUGGGACUUCCAGGGCUGAAAGGUGACCGAGGUGAAAAGGGUGAAGCUGGUCCAGCAGGCCCCCCUGGGUUACCUGGAACUACAUCCCUGUUCCCACCACACCCAAGCAUACCAGGAGAACGAGGGCCAAAAGGAGAGAAAGGCGAUCCAGGGGUGCCUGGGGAACUAGGACCACAGGGCCGUCCUGGAGAAUCGGGGCCUCAGGGACCCACUGGACACCCGGGUGCCAAGGGACAGGAAGGCACACAUGGGACCCCCGGAGCAGCUGGAAGCCCUGGUGCUCCUGGACAUGUAGGUCCCCCUGGUCCCAGUGGCCCCCCAGGAAGUUUGGGCCCCCCUGGUCCCAGAGGUCCUCCUGGGAAAGAUGGGGAACGUGGUGAGAAGGGAACAGCAGGGGAAGAAGGGAGCCCAGGGUCAGCUGGCCCCAGGGGAGAGCCUGGUGCUCCUGGACUCCCUGGGUCUCCUGGGAAAGGGAAGGAUGGAGAGCCGGGACUCCAUGGAUCACCUGGAUUGCCUGGACCCCCAGGAACUAAAGGGGACCGAGGAACACCUGGGAUCCCUGGUUCUCCUGGCAGCCGUGGUGACCCGGGCAUUGGAGUUGCCGGUCCUCCUGGCCCUUCUGGACCACCAGGAGAAAAAGGGCCCCUGGGAUCACGAGGCUUACCUGGAUUCCCCGGCCCCCAAGGACCAGCUGGCCAGGAUGGUGUACCAGGAAAUCCAGGAGAGAGAGGGCCACCUGGCAAGCCAGGCCUUUCUUCACUACUGUCUCCAGGGGACAUCAAUCUCUUGGUUAAGGACGUGUGCAAUGACUGCCCUCCUGGCCCCCCAGGCCUCCCUGGUCUACCAGGUUUUAAAGGGGACAAAGGUCUCCCUGGAAAGUCAGGGAGAGAAGGCACAGAAGGGAAAAAG